UGUAUCAACGUCUAACGCCAUCCGGCGUGUCGCAGUUACACGUUCGCAUACAAUAACAAUUACAACGCGAGAUUCUGAGAGUUUUUACAAAAGAAAAUGAUGAAAAAACGUGCGGCGAACUUCACAUCGGAAGAGAAGAACGAAUUGUUGGACGCAGUGUUGAGAUAUCGCGACGUGCUUUUCGGACGUGUUGGAUUACCGAGCCGGUUUUGGGCGGCGAAGAAAGCCGCGUGGUGUAGUAUUGUCGACGCGGUUAACCAAGUGCGACCAACACCGGGGCGCAACGUGCAUGAGUGUCGGAGGAAAUUGAAAGAUCUCAAGGCUGCAACACGCAAAAAAUUCAUGGACGUGAACGGCGUGUGGAAAGACGACGUUGAUUUGAAGGACGCGACACCCGAAGAGCUCAAAAUAUUGAAGCUUCUAGGCAACGACGAGAAACCAACCAACAUGGAUCUCUCCAUUGUAAAAAUGGAAGACGUAGUCUCUGAUAUCCCAAUGCAGACUAACAAUGAUAAUAAAGACGAAAUCAAUAUGAACCCGGAAAUCCCUGAAGAAGCUGAAAUUGUCCUUGAGACUAUCCCAAUGGUUUCCCCGGUAUCCAAACCCAUUUCAUCAGUGACCCCAAAUAUUACCGUUGUACCGCAGACCACCCUGAAAGUGGAACCAUUAAAACGCCCUGUAGGACAAGCGUUUCCCCUAACAGUUAAUGAAAACACUAACAUGACCCCAAUUAAUCCUGAUCAAGGUCAACUUCAAGGUCAAGAUCAUAUUCCCAACGAUGAGGUCCUAAACCUAACCUCUUAUGAUAACAACCAUCAAUCUCCUACACAUUCUCAUAACCUCUCAGAUGGACAGGUCCUAGGUUCCGGAAGUGGUCAACAUCGUAGAGGCUCACGUUCUAAUCAUGACCAUGUAAGACCCCUGGGGGAAUUUGCUGCUCCUCUCCCCUUGAAACGUAUUAAACUUUUUGUACGUAAUGUUCCUACUUUGAAUCAACCCUCGACCUCAGUGGGACCUACCGCCAGCGGAAAUGUUUUGAAUUUUGCGAUUUGUCCUUGUAAUAAACACGCACAGAGGAAGGUCCAUGAUGUGGCCAUACAAACAGAACACAAUGGUUAUGGAAGGAUUCUGAUGGAGAAAAUGAUUGAUACACAGAAUAUGACGGCGCAGGUUUUGAAUAAUUUGGAUAGGGUUGUCCAGCUUGCUACCUCCCGAGGAAUGUUUGAAGAGAAUCAUAAUCAUGAGUUUAUUAAAAGAGAGAUUAAAACUGAGAUAAAGAGUAAUGAUGAUGAGGAAGAACAGAGGAAUGGUGAUGAUGAAGAUAGAGAGAAUAUGUAACGUGUUGCUAUGUUAUGUUAAUUACGAGUAUUGAUCAAACACUUUGUAUAAUCUAUAAGAAAUGCUUAGAAAC